GCUAUUAACGAGAAAAACGAAAGUCUUGGAAAAACAAAUGUGCCAUGUCAAUAUUGAAUGCAGCAGCGUUUGCUGGAUUCCAGUGCUGUGAACUUUUACACUAAGGACACACAUUCCCUCCCACGCGCGCGCUCUCCCCCGCCAUGUUCACGUUCAAUCGGCUGGGCAACGCUGGAACGGCUUCUGCUGCUGCGGCCGCUGCAGCGGCCGCUUCAGAAGCUCCAGCACAUACGUCCAGCGGCUCCAGCAGCCAUGCCAGUGUUGCCACACCCAUCAGUGAUCUCUAUUUGCGCCCGCUGCCCUACCUGGACGCCAAAUGGCUACGCGCCGAUCUCAUUGCCUGCCUGCGCAACGGUGCCGAGGGCGCCGUGCUCUGGAAUCAUCUGAUUCAGGAUUGCGAACUGGUGUCCUCGCCGACGGCGCCGCUGCUGAAUGCACGCGGCCAGCUCUCCUACCUGGGCGACGAUGGCAAGCACUACUGUGGCGCCCAGGCGCUGCAGUGCGCCUGCUGCCAGCCCGAGUACUGUGGCCCACUCUCCGCCUGCAACUGCGACGGCUGCCGACCCCUCGACUCGGACAUGGCCAUCAAGAAGCUAACCUCGGCGGCGGCCCAGCAGGCCACGGCCGGGCAACUGCACGCCACAGAGCUGACGCUGAGCAGCUGGAUGUGGAGCCAGCCGCCCAAUCAGCUAGCCAAGCACGACUGCCAGCGCACCAUGAUCGCUGAGCUCCACGACCUCUCGCUGCGCGCCGCCGGCAACUGUCUCUCGGCGCAGCAACUGCGCCAGCAGCUCUUCAUCUACGAACGGUAUUUUGUGGCCCUCAAGCGAAAUCUGCUGCAGCAGAACCAACAGAACCAGCAGCAGCAGCAGCAGCAAUCGACGCAUCCUUCUUCAGCCGCACAACAGCAGUCGGAGGACUGCACUGCGGCCGCUCCACCCGAACAGGAGCAGCCGCGACGCCCGCCGCAGAUGGAGCCGGAGCAUGCGGCGCUGGGUUUGGCGCGCGUCGGCACACGAGCCGCUCUCAAUUUCAGCUUUGCCUUUCUGCGUCGCGCCUGGCGCUCCGGCGAGGAUAUGGAAAUGUGCAGCGAGCUGUUGAGUGAGGCUCUGGAAUCGCUGCAGGAGCUGCCGGAGGCGACGCUCUUCGACUCGGCCGCCCAGGUGUCGCCGCUCUGGCUGGAGGUGAUGGAGCGCUCGAUCAAGUUUCUGCGUCUCGUCGCCCUCGGCGAUCCCAUGGGCGGGCGCUGCCUGGCCCCGCUGGCGGAUAGGCAUACGGCUCUGUGCCUGCUGCUGGAGCUGGGCGUGCAGAAGGGCACGCUGGCCGCCACGCUGGAGUGCGUGGUGCUGCUGCUGUUGCUCUGGGAGAAGGACAACGACAAUGGCCAUGCGCAUGGACAUGUGCAUGGCCACGCCCACGGACAUGGCGGUGUGAAUGGCGAUAAUCGUGACAUGCCGCGCAAGUCGGGCGCUCCGCUGCUGCGCAUCCUGCAACGGUAUCAGCGCCUGGGCGCCGAGCCAGUGCAUCAUCAUCAUGGUCACAGUGGCUGCCCCAAUCCGAACGUGGAGCUGCCGACGCCGCUGGCCAGCGCCACCGAAACGUUUCUGCGCUUUCUCAUGCUGCCCAAGAGCUCGGCGGCCAUUGUGGAUCUACGGCGUGCCGCUGUGGUCAUCAUCUCCCAUCUGGAUCGGCUGGUGCAGCCGCACAUGCCGCAAUUGACGAAUCUCCUGCCCAUGGCGGCCCCUGCCACGGCCACGCCCACAACGACGCCCAUAAACAUGUGGGAGCAGCAACGCGUCUAUGCCCUGGGCUGGCCAGCGCUCUCCAAGGAGCAGCCGGGCUUCAACGUGGAGCCCGCCCUGAGCUGGAGCAAUGCAUCCGCCUGCCAGCAGCCGCCGGCACCGCCACCGCCGCCGCUGCUCCCCUGCAAGUUCCAGGUGCAGCAGGUGGCCUGCAGCGAGGAUGUGGUGCUGCUGCUCAGCAAGGAGGGCAAGCUCUACAACUGGCACAUUGCCAAGCCGGAGGCCGAGCCCCAGCAGCUGGACUUUGCCGAAAUAGCCAACGAGACGUUCAUCUCCAUAGCCGCCCACUGCGAGGGCCGCCACUUCCUGGCCGUGGACAGCAACUUUAACGCCUAUUCGUGGGGAGUCGGAGACAGCCGGCGGCUGGGUCACGGCGAUUGCCAUGCCCGUGAGCUGCCCACCAAGAUCGAGAGCUUGGUGCGCCUGGUGAAGGCCGUCUACUGCGGCUGCUCGUACAGCGCGGCCAUCACGCUGGGCGGCAAUCUGUAUACGUGGGGCCGUGGCACCUACGGCCGUCUGGGACAUGGCACCUCGGAUGAUCAGUGUCUGCCCGCCAUGGUGAUGGCGCUCAAGGAUCAUCAGGUGGUGGACGUGGCGCUGGGCAGCGGCGAUGCCCAUACCCUGUGCCUGACCAGCGAGGGACUGGUCUUUGCCUGGGGCGAUGGCGACUACGGCAAGCUGGGCAACGGCAGCUGCAACAGCAGCCUCCUGCCGCAGCUCAUCGACUGCCUGCCGCGGGUGCAGCGCGUCUAUGCGGGCGCCCAGUUCUCGCUGGCGCUCAGCUGCGAGGGCCAGCUCUACAGCUGGGGCAAGGCCUCCUGCCUGGGCCACCAGCUGGUCGAGCGCAACGUGCAGGGCUGCAGUGUGCCCAGAUUGAUAACAGGCCUCCAGCACAAGCGCAUUGUGGACGUGGCCGUGGGCGUGGCCCACUGCUUGGCGCUGAGCAGCAACGGCGAGAUCUUUGGCUGGGGCCGCAACGACAAUCAACAGAUAUGUCCCGCCUCCGUUUGCAGUGAGCCGCUGCUCCGGCAGCCCAUCCAGGUCACCCUGCCCACGCUGCCGGCCAGCGGCAUUGCCUGCACGGCCACACAGAGCCUGAUCUGGACGCAGAGCACGCGGCAGGGUGUGCCGUUGCGUGCACCAUUUGUCAUCGACCUGGGCGAACCCACAUUCCGACUGCUCGACCAGCUGCUGGGCAUGUGCAGUGCCAGCACGGCGCAGGAUAAUCGCCAGACACCCAACCAGGAGUCCGAAUGCAUUGCCGUCGCCUGCUUGAAUCUGGUGCGGCUCCAGCUGCUGGCGCUGAUCGCCAACGGCGUGGAGCCGCGCACCGUUGGCCUGGCCAGCGGCGGACGACUACUCAACAGCCUCAAGACCCGCAUUCUCAGUUUAGCCGGCGGCAGCCAGGUGCUGCGCACCAUCCAAGUGGCCGCCCAGCAGGCACUCCAGGAUGGCUGGAGCGUGCUCCUGCCCACGGCAGCGGAACGCGCACAGACGCUAACGGCGCUGCUGCCCUCGGAGCCGGGGCAGGCGUGCUCGCCGGGACAUCGUUUCAUGACAGAUCUGCUGGUCAGCUCGCUGAUGGCCGAGGGCGGCCUGGAGACGGCGCUGCAGCACGCCAUACGACUGGAGAGUAGCUCCUGCUCCACGGACUGCAACGACGGUGCGCAUCUGCCGCUGCUGCAGCUGAUCACGCGGCUCCUGGGCAACAAUGCCUCGCUCACGCAGAGUCGUCUCUCCCUGACGUUGCUGGUCAAGCAGCAGCAGCAGCAGCAGCAACAGCCCGCAGAGGAGGACCACCUGCACCAUCAUCACCACCACCAGUACCAGCAGCAUCUGUACCACCAGCAUCAGCACCAGCACCAGCAUCACCAUCAUCACCAGCAUCAUCAGCAGCAGCAGCAACAUUUCCUGCUGCAGCAGCAGCAACAGCAGCCCGGCACGAGUCCCAGUCUCUGUUUGCUGCAUCGCUUUCAGCGGCUGCUCCUGGCGCACAUUCAUCAGGCGGGCCCCGAGGAGGACACAACGGGAGCCGAGGCGCUGCUCGCCCAAUACCUGCACAGCCUGAUUCCGGCCUGCGUCAGCACGCUGCAGCAGGCCCAGGAGCUGGCCCUGCAGUGCCGGGAGUCGGGCGAGCUGGUGACGCUGGGCGCCCAGCUGUUGGGCGCUGCGCUAAAUCGUGUGCUCCAGUCGGACAUCUCGGACGCUCUGCUGCACGAGCUGCUGGUGGGCCUGGUGCUGCUGAAGCGUGAUCGCCCCCAGUGCCUGGCCAGCCUGCGCUGGGCCCGCCUCUUCCUGCCGCUGCUGCGCGUGCUUGAUCGGCUGAACCGCGCCCUGGGCGAGGGCGAACUGCGCGACAACGACGACAUGGGCUGGCCGGGCAUCAUUUGUCGCGGCGGCCCCAAGGGCGGAGCACCGCCCCCUGCUGCCGACCCGGAGACGCACUACGUCCGGCGCUGCGACAUGGAGAAUCUGCUGCUCGACGGCGGCCGCUGCAUCAUUGUGGCCGGCUACGUUUGUGAUCUCAAUGGCUACAACUGUGAGUCGGACAACAUGCGCGCCCUGCUGGAUCUGGGUCUGGGCAAGGAUUUGAGCGCGGAGCUGAGCACGCCGGCGUAUCGCAGCGCCAUGGAGCAGCUGCUGCAGCAUCACAAGCUGGGCAAAUACCUAGCCAAUCAGAGCGCCAGCGAGGAGAAGACGGCGACGCCGGGUGCCACACGGCUGACGCACUUCAGCUCGGAGUGUGCGCUGGCCCAGCUGCUGGGCCUGGUCGCCAAUCUCAUGUGCAGCGGCCCGAGCCUGCAGCCAGCGGAGCUGCAGUGCCGCCAGCUGGACAAGUCGUCGCUGCUCAGCGGCGGCCUGCUCAUGCUGCAGCCCAACAAUCCGUUCGACGAGGAGAAGGGCGAGGCGCGCAGCAGCCACAGCACGGCGGGCAACACGCCCACGUGUGAGGCACCACUGCCGCCGCCGCCCAAGGCGCAGCUGCAGAAUCGCGUGGAUAGCUUCAUUGCGGGACUGGCGGAGGCGCGACUCAGUGACCCGCUGGUGGCCAAUUGGCUGACACUGACCGAACGCUACUGCAAGGCGCACAAUUUGAUGUGGCACCAGGAGUUCGCCACCGAGCAUCCGGUGCAGGAGCUGGAGCGUCUGCUGAGCGCCGUUCUGUUGCGGCAUCAGUGCCUGGGCGGUCUGGUGCUCAGUGCUCUGGAGGCGAUGCCCUUGGGCGAGCAGCAGCAGCAGCCACCGCAGCAGCAGCAGCAGCAGCAGCAGUCGCUGCCCAAGCAGCUGGGCGAGAUCAUACGUCUGGUGCACCAGGCCAAGUGGUCGGUGGUGCGGACGCGGCAGCAGCUCAAUCGCAGCUACAAGGAGGUCUGUGCGCCCGUCCUGGAGCGUCUGCGCUUCCUGCUCUACGAGGUGCGUCCUGCCAUCAGUCCGCAGCAGCGCGGACUGCGCCGGCUGCCGAUUUUGCAGCGUCUGCCGCGAUUCCGGCUGCUGGUGCGACGCCUCCUGCAGGAGCUGCGCACCGCCAAGCAACAGCCGGUGGCCAAGCCCGAGGAUCUGCUCAAUGCCAGCAUCCAGCAGCAGCAGCAGCAGCAGCAACAACAGGAGCUCCUCAUCUACGAUCAACACGAACAGCAGCAGCAGCAGGAGGAGGAGGAGAAGAAGAAGCCAAAGCAGCAGAAGCAACUGGACGAGGAGGAGUCGCUGCUGCGGCGGCUGAACGAACGCCAGCUGCAGACGGACAUCGAGCUGGAUGCGACACUCAUGCAGGACAUCGUGGACUUUGCGCUCCAGGACAGCUGCGACGUGGAGACGGUGCGACGCGCCAUGUACUGUCAAAUGCAGCGCUUCCAGCUGCGUCUGGCCGGGCUGCAGCUGGUGCAGCAGCUCCUGGAGCUGCACGGCCUGCUGGACGCCGCCCAGUACAGCCUGCUCAAUGGCUACCUGGGGCUGCAUCUGAAGUCGGCGGCCAGUGGCGCGUCGCCGCAGCAUGUGCUCGGCCAGCUGAACAUGGUGAGCGCAUACCAGAAGGCCCGCCUCCUGCUCGCCCAGUCCCGAGUCCUCGAAUGGGCGGUGCGCGAACUGCGCCGCCUGGUCAACCAGGAGCAGCAGGGCGCUGCUCGCGGCAAGGACAGCUGCAACCUGAGCACCUAUGUGCUGCUCAAGCGCUUGCCACGCGCCCGCUUCCUGAUCAGCGUGUUCGGGCUGCUGGCCAAGGAGCUGGGCGCCAACGAGCUGGGGCUGCUCAUCAACUCUGGCCUGCUGGGCACCGUCCUGGGUCUGCUGGCCCAGACGGGCGGCGAGGGCAACGUCAAGUCGAACAACUGCGAGCUGAGCGUCCUCUACGAGGACAGCGUGCUGAAGCAGAAGUGCAGCAAGGCGCAGCUGAGCGGACCGGAUCUGGCCAAGCUCAUGAAGAUCGGCACGCGGAUUGUGCGCGGCGCCGACUGGAAGUGGGGCGAUCAGGAUGGCAAUCCGCCGGGCGAGGGGCGCAUCAUCAGCGAGGUGGGCGAGGACGGGUGGGUGCGUGUCGAGUGGUAUACGGGCGCCACCAACUCCUAUCGCAUGGGCAAGGAGGGCCAAUACGAUCUGCAGCUGGCGGACAGUGCUCUCAAUGUGGCAUCGCCCACGGAACCGGAGCGCGAGGAGCUGGGCACCUUGGAGCCACCGCCCAGCAGUGAAUCGCAUCCCACUAAGCUUCUGAGGCACUGCGCCUCCAAGCUCCUGCAAAUCCUGGCCGUGGGCAGCGGUCUGCACGGCGCCCAGCUGGACAAGUAUGCGCUCCGUGGCAUCACGAGCAUGUUCCGUGCCAUAGUCGAUCCGAAGCCGGCGCUGGCCAAUGUGGUGCACUGCCUCAACUGGCUGAACCUUGGCUUUAUACGUGCCAUAGCAGGUGACUGUCCACGGCUGUGCCUGGAGCUGAGCUCGCCGAAUUGGCUGUCGCACUACUUUGCGCUGCUGGAGCAGCCGGCGGGCACGGAACGUGGGGUCUAUCGUCAGCUGCACUGCCUGCGCCUGAUGCAGUGCAUCCUCAGCUCGUGGGGCGUGGAGCAGGAGCCGCGCAUGGCUGGCCUGGUGCGUCAGCUCUUCGCCACACUGGGACGCAUCGCAUUGCAUUGUCCGGGCGAUGUGACGCUGCAGCCGGUGCAGGAGGGCGGCAAGGCGCGAGUCCUGCUGACCGCCUCCCACUCGGGCACCGUCGCCGAGGAGCUAGUGGCGCUGCUGCGUCGCCUGCACACGCUGCCGCAUUGGAAUGCGGUGAUCAACUCGUUCCUGGCACAGAAGCUUUGCGUCGCCGCCGAGCUGCUGCAGGGCGAAUCGCAGCUGCCGCAGACGCCGCUGGACACGGAGCAGAGCCUGGUGCUGGGCGUGCUGAGCGCCAUGGGCGGCUACGAUCUGCGUCCGCGUGUCGGCCUCCACUGCUUCCACGAGGGCAGCCACAUGAUCAUCGCCAGCUUCACCCACAAGGGCCGCUGCCUGCUGGCCCACAGCGCUCCGCCGGCGGUCGCCAAUCUGGCGCAGGGCUUGGUCAAGGUGCCGCUGGCCACGGUGCUGCCGCAGCUGGACCACAGCGUGUUCAGCCUGACGCGUCUGCCCAUGAACGAGAUGCUGCUCAACGCCUGGACGGUGCUGCUCUAUGGCGCCGCCAGCCCCAGUCCCGGCUCCGGCUCGGGCGCCGGCAACUGGGAGCUGCUCAAUGCGGGCGAGGGCAAGCUGGACGUGCGCCUGCUGCGCAGCCAGCAGCUGCAGCUGGCGGUGCUGCACACGAACGGCGUCCUCUAUCGCCACCAGGCGGCGCUACGCAAGAUACUCAAGCAGCGGGCACCGGCCAGCGUCUACAGCGGGAACGAGUGCAGCGAGGAGCCGGAGGCGGAGGCGCUCAACGAAGCGGAACUGGAGCUGCACUCGGAGCACACGGAGGCCAACAACAGCGGCAGCGGCAGUCACAGCAACAACAACCACAAUGGCCACAACAGCAGCAAUCAACCGUCGGAGCAGCUGCUCAUUCAGGUCCUGCUGCUGCGCGCCACGCAACCGUCCCCGGUGAAGGCAUGCUAUAGCUAUACGGAUCUGGCCACGGCGGCGCUCAACUGCGUCCAGACGCUGGCCAGCCAGGCGUAUCAGCAGCUGAACGUGGAGAAUGCGCUGCAGCCGGUGCACUUGGCCAGCCCAGCGCAGCCGACCAUGGUCCAUGGCAUCGCCAUUUACAACGUGGCCAAGGAGCAGUCGGCGCCGGCGCCAGCGGAUCAGCUCAGCCAGGCAACGCCGCCGGCCAGCGAUGCCCAGCUAAUUGAGCAGAUUAUGGAAAUGGGCUUCACGCGACGCAAUGUGGAGCUGGCACUGAAGCAGCUGUCGCUGCAGGCGGAGGCUGUGCCGACGCCGGAGCAAAUCGUGCAAUGGAUACUGGAGCAUCCGGAUGUCUGUGCGAAUACCAUCGAUGUGGAGGCAGUGGAGCCGACAGCGGCCGCCAAUGGCAGCAGUCGGAGCAGCAGCAGCAGCACCACCACCACCACCACCACUAGCACCACCAGCAGCAACAGCAGCACCUCCUCAUCCUCCGACACGGUCGAGGAUCAGCCGGUGCAAAAGUUCGAUACGCGCAAAGAUUUUCCCACUGCCGAUCACUAUGCGCUCUACGUCCGGGGAUUGGUGCGUCCGGGCAUGCUGGUGCGCUGCUGUCGCGACUUCGAGGAGAUCAAGCAGGGCGACAUGGGCACCGUGCUUAUUGUGGACACUGAGGGGCUGCACGAUCUGAACGUGCAGGUGGAUUGGCGCAAUCAUGGCAGCACCUACUGGGUAUGUUUCGUGCACAUCGAACUGGUGGAGCCGGCACAGCCGGGAUCGCAUUUACUACCAUUGCCACGCCCGCCGCCGCCCAUAGCUGUGGGCGCCCGGGUGAGGCAACUGAUGCGGCUGGGCGGCUCACGGAGCCAGCUGGAGUACGGCCUGGUGACGGCGAUGCGGGGCAAGCAGCUGACAGUGGAGUUUCCCGACCAGCCCAACUGGCAGGGUCACAUCAACGACGUGGAGCCGAGUCCAGCAGUCGCGGCGGCAGCGGGUGCGCCGGGAGCAGCAGCAGGAGGCGCAAGUGGAGCUGCUGGACAAGCAGCGACUGCGGCGCCUCAAGCCGACCUCAUUGAGGAUUGGUCGCGCUGCAUACGCUCGCUGAGCGUGAGCUCCAAUGAGGCGGCAGCGAAGCAUCUGCUCGACGGCAGCGGCCUGGCCUGGCAGAGCUGCUCGAGCGGCGCCUGCCGGCAUUGGAUACGGCUGGAGCUGCACGAUCGCAUCCUGGUGCACAGUCUGGCGCUGCGCGUCAGUCCGGAGGAUCAUUCGCACAUGCCGUCGCUGGUGGAGGUGCGUGUGGGCGACUGCAUCGACAGCCUCAAGGAGUACACCUGGGUGCCCGUCGGAUCGACCGUGAAUCGUGUGGUGCUGAUGCAGCAGGCCGUCUCCUAUUAUCCGUGGAUCGAAAUCGUGAUCAAGCAGUGCCAGAACAAUGGCAUCCAGUGCAAGGUGCACGGCAUCGAGUUCAUCGGACGUCGCCAGCAGCCGGACAUCCAGCACAUGCUGGCCAAUGCCCAGUUCCUGGCCUGCGAGUAUGGCAACACGAAUGGAGCAGCGGGCGCAGCAGCAGCGGCGGCGGCGGCGGCAGCAACAGGCGCAACAGCCACUGCAGGAUCAGGAGCAGGAUCAGCGACCAGUGCGCCACUAGCCGAGAGUCUAACCGGACAUGCCGAGCAGGAGCUGCCCUGCACGGUGAUGGUGUGGGGCCUCAACGACAAGGAGCAGCUGGGCGGCCUGAAGGGCUCCAAGGUGAAGGUGCCCACCUUCUCGCCGACCAUAAGUCGCCUGCGUCCCAUCCACAUAGCCGGCGGCUCAAAGUCCCUGUUUGUGGUCAGCCAGGAUGGCAAGGUGUAUGCCUGCGGCGAGGGCACCAAUGGACGACUCGGGCUCGGUGUCACGCACAAUGUGCCGCUGCCCCAUCAGCUGCCGGUGCUGCAUCAGUAUGUGGUGAAGAAGGUAGCGGUGCACUCGGGCGGCAAGCACGCCCUCGCCCUCACCCUGGACGGCAAGGUGUUCAGCUGGGGCGAGGGCGAGGACGGGAAGCUGGGGCACGGCAAUCGCAGCACGCUGGACAAGCCGCGACUGGUGGAAGCGCUGCGCGCCAAGAAGAUACGCGACAUCGCUUGCGGCUCAUCCCAUUCGGCGGCGAUCAGCAGCCAGGGCGAGCUCUACACGUGGGGAUUGGGCGAGUACGGGCGACUGGGCCACGGCGACAAUGCCACCCAAUUGAAGCCCAAGCUGGUCACGGCGCUCAGCGGACGCCGGGUCAUCCAGGUGGCCUGCGGCAGUCGCGAUGCCCAGACGCUGGCGCUGACCGAGGACGGCGCCGUCUUCAGCUGGGGCGACGGCGACUUUGGCAAGCUGGGACGCGGCGGCAGUGAGGGCUCCUCGACGCCGCACGAAAUCGAACGCCUCUCGGGCAUCGGCGUCAUCCAGAUCGAGUGCGGGGCCCAGUUCAGCUUGGCCCUGACCCGAGCGGGCGAGGUGUGGACCUGGGGCAAGGGCGACUACUAUCGCCUGGGCCACGGCGGGGAUCAGCACGUGCGCAAGCCGCAGCCCAUUGCCGGACUGCGCGGCCAUCGCGUCAUCCACGUGGCCGUGGGUGCGCUCCACUGCCUGGCCGUGACGGACGCCGGGCAGGUCUACGCCUGGGGCGACAACGAUCACGGGCAGCAGGGCAGCGGGAAUACGUUUGUGAACAAGAAGCCGGCCCUGGUGAUCGGCCUGGAUGCGGUGAUCGUGAAUCGUGUGGCAUGCGGCAGCUCCCACUCCAUGGCCUGGGGCCUGCCCAAUGCCAGUUUGGAUGAGGAGAAGCGCGGCCCGGUGCCCUUCGGCUGCACUCGGGAUCCGCUCGGCGGCAGCAGCCUGGGCAUCUACGAGGCGGAGACACAUCCGCAUGCGCACACCACGCCGGACAUGGCCGGCAAGCCGGACGUGCGGCCGAGCACCUCGGCUGCAGCAGCGGCGGCAGCAGCAGCGGCGGCUGCCUCCUGCUCAGCGUCCGGCUCCGGCGCCGGCACCGGCUCCACUCUGGCCAGUCUCAGCGAGAGCCUGGCACUGGAGACGCCGGCGGCACGCCAGGCGGCGCUGGGGCAUGUGCUCCGGGCAAUGAGCAUCUUGCAGGCGAGGCAGCUCAUUGUCGCCGCACUCACCAGCCACAGCAAGGUCAACUACAAGGAGUCGGCGGCCAGGCAUGCCGGCGCCCACAUCGAACUGGAGGAGCAGCUGAACACGGCUGCCGGCACUGGCACAGCGGCGGCCGCUGCUACGACAAUUGCCCAGGGCGGAGGCGAGGCACCAGCGGAUGCCAGCGAUGUGGAGCCGCAGGCGCAGCACAGUCCAGAGGAGAUGCCACUGCCGGCCGCCGUGAUGAGCUCGGGCUUGAGCGCCUUCCAGAGCCUGACCGGCUCACUGUCCAUGUCGGGCAUGUCGGCGGGUUCGCAUUCGCGGAUGUCGGCCAGCGCGAUGUCCGUGAUGGCCGCCACGAUGACGCAGCAGGAGGAGAUGCUGGCCCAGUUCAGUCACAAUCACGGGCUGGACGAUUUCGGUGCCCUGCUGCAGGAGGCGGAGGCGAAGAGCCUCGUCGAGCUGCUGAAGCUGGCGGUGUGCGGACGCUGCGGCCCGCCCAGCACCGCCCAGACCAUAGCCGAGACCCUAAUCUCGCUGAGCAGCAAUGCGGGCAUUGCGGCCAUGCUGCUGGAGACGUGCAUCACGGAGCUGGAGGAUCUGUGCACGUCGCGCCACUGCCUGGGCAAGCUGCCCAAGCCGGUGAUGCAGGAGAGCAGCCAUCCGUACGUGGACAACAUGAAUGUGAGUGGAACUGUUCGCAUUCCGGGCGCCGAGAUGCUGCGCAUCGAGUUCGACAGCCAAUGCAGCACAGAGAAACGCAACGAUCCGCUGGUGAUCAUGGAUGCAUCCGGACGCAUGUUGGCCAUGCGAUCGGGCCGCGAAUUCGCCCACUGGGCGCCCGAGAUCCGGGUGCCCGGCGAUGAGCUGCGCUGGAAGUUCUGCUCGGACAGCUCGGUGAACGGCUGGGGCUGGCGCUUCUGGGUGCACGCCAUCAUGCCGGCUGCCACGCUGGGCGAGAGCGGCUCGGACCGUGCCGUCUUGUCGCAGCCAUCGAUGGCGCUGGUCAUGGCGCUGCUCGACGCGCGGCUGGCGCCACGCCAGCCCCAGGUGCUGCUCCGGCUGGCCGCGGCGCUGGCGGCCUGCGCCCAACUGGGCGCCCUGAGCACGGCCCAGCGCAUCUGGGCGCUGAAGAAGCUGCACGCGGUGCUCCUGCUGGAGCAGGCGCCCAAGCCGCAGGAGCCCGCCCUGGCGGCCAUACUGAUGCCCCUCAUCCCGGAGCUACUGCGUCAGUACGAGUACGAGGAGCCACAGGUGCGCGGUGGCAUUCAUCUGAUGCACUCGGAUUACUUCAAAACGCUGGCGGCGCUCGCCUGCGACAUGCAGCUGGACGCCGCCCUGCCCACCAACGGCAGCGGCAUCUGCAGCAGCACUAGCGCGUCCUGCACCGGAGCAAGUGGAACUGUGACUGGCUUCAUCGGCGGCGGAGGCGUUGGCGGCGUUGGCGGCGUCGGCGGCAGCAGCAGCAGCCUCAACUCGAACGCAUCGGGGGAUAUGCACAAGUGGGCGUGGUUCAAGCGCUACUGCAUUGCGGUGCGCGUGGCCCAAUCCCUGAUCCGGCGCACGGAGCUGCCCCGUCAAUUCUGCCUGGAGGUGCGCAAAAAGUUUGCCGAGAUGCUGCCGACGCCGGUGCCCAGUGCAGUGGCUGCCGGCUGUCAAUCUCCGGGCGCCUCGCUGAUCAACUCGACCACAUCGCUCUCCUCCAGCACGGUGAGCAACGCCUCUGCCACGGACCAACAGCAGCAGCAGCAGCAGCAGCAGGUGCAGGCGCAUCAAUUGGCCCAGCAGGAGAUGCUGCUGCUGGAGCAGCUGCAGCCGCAGCCGUUGCAGCUGCUGCUGCACGAGGAUCACACACUGUUCCAGGCGCCGCACGAUGCCCAGCUGCUGCAGUGGCUCAAUCGCCGGCCAGACGACUGGGCGCUCAGCUGGGGCGGCGCCAGCACCAUCUACGGCUGGGGCCACAAUCAUCGCGGCCAGCUGGGCGGCCUGGAGGGCAGCCGCAUCAAGACGCCGACGCCCUGCGAAGCGCUCAGCCUGCUGCGGCCGGUGCAGCUGGCCGGCGGCGAGCAAUCCCUGUUUGCAGUCACGCCGGAUGGCAAGCUGUUCGCCACGGGCUACGGGUCCGGCGGACGUCUGGGCGUCGGCGGCAGCGACUCGUGGGCGAUACCCACGCUGCUGGGCUCCCUGCAGCAUGUGUUCGUCAAGAAGGUGGCCGUCAAUUCCGGGGGCAAGCACUGCCUCGCCCUGACCACCGACGGCGAGGUGUACGCCUGGGGCGAGGGCGAGGACGGGAAGCUGGGGCACGGCAAUCGCAUGAGCUACGAUCGACCCAAACUGGUGGAGCAUCUGAAUGGCAUGAGCGUGGCUGACAUUGCCUGUGGCAGCGCCCACUCGGCGGCGAUAACGGCAAGUGGACACGUCCUGACCUGGGGCAAGGGUCGCUACGGUCGCCUGGGGCAUGGCGAUUCGGAGGAUCAGCUGCGACCGAAGCUGGUGGAGGCGCUGCUCGGCUAUCGGGCCAUUGACAUUGCCUGCGGCUCGGGCGAUGCCCAGACGCUGUGCAUCACGGACGACGACAACGUCUGGAGCUGGGGAGAUGGUGACUAUGGCAAGCUGGGACGCGGCGGCAGCGAUGGCUGCAAGCUGCCCUACAAGAUCGAGAGUCUCGCCGGCCUGGGCGUCAUCAAGGUGGAGUGCGGCUCACAGUUCUCCGUGGCGCUAACCAAAUCCGGCGCCGUCUAUACCUGGGGCAAGGGCGACUUCCAUCGCCUCGGCCACGGAUCGGUGGAUCAUGUGCGGCGACCCAAGAAGGUGGCUGCGCUGCAGGGCAAGAAGAUCAUCUCGAUUGCGACCGGCUCGCUGCACUGCGUCGCCUGCAGCGACGCCGGCGAGGUCUUCACCUGGGGCGACAACGACGAGGGACAGCUGGGUGAUGGCACCGUGACGGCCAUACAACGGCCACGCCUGGUCGCCGCCCUCCAGGGCAAGCACAUUGUGAAGGUCACCUGUGGAUCGGCGCACACGUUGGCCCUGUCCACCUCACAGUUGAGCGAGCGACUGCGUCCGCUGCCCAAUCCGCCGCUCGAAUACGACUUGGUGCGUGAUCUGCCGCCGGAGGCGCUGCACGCCCGGCUCAUCCUGCUGCACCACUUCUCGGAGCUCCUCUGCCCCUGCCUGGCCAUGCUGCCCAUUUCGGGCGACCUGAGCCUGGGCGCCCUCAAGGACGUGCUCGUCUACAACAUCAAGGAGGCCGCAUUCCGCAAGGUCAUCCAAACGACAAUGGUGCGAGACAAGCAGCAUGGACCCGUCAUCGAGCUGAAUCGCAUCCAGGUGAAGCGCUCCCGUAGCCGUUGCAAUGGCUUGGCCGGCGUCGAUGGCAUGAAGAGCGUCUUUGGCCAGAUGGUGCAGAAGCUGCCGCUGCUCACCCAGGAGGCGCUCGCCCUGCCCCAUCGCGUGUGGAAGGUCAAGUUUGUGGGCGAGAGCGUGGACGACUGCGGUGGCGGCUACAGCGAAUCCAUAGCGGAGAUGUGCGACGAGCUGCAGAACGGCAGUGUUCCACUGCUGAUCAGCACACCCAACGGCCGUGGCGAGGCGGGUGCCAACCGGGAUUGCUUCCUGCUGGAUCCAACCCUAACAUCCGUGCUGCAGAUGAACAUGUUCCGCUUCCUGGGCGUGCUUAUGGGCAUAGCCGUGCGCACCGGCUCGCCGCUGAGUCUCAACUUGGCGGAACCCGUUUGGCGUCAGCUGACGGGCGAGCCCCUGCGACCCACCGAUCUGACCGAGGUGGAUCGCGACUAUGUGGCCGGCCUGCUCUGCAUACGCAACAUGGACGACGAUACCAAGCUGUUCAACACGCUGGAGCUGCCGUUUUCGACAUCGUCGGCGCGCGGACAUGAGGUGCCGCUGUCCACCCGUUACACGCACAUCUCGCCCAGAAAUCGGGCGGAAUACGUGCGUCUGGCGCUCGGCUUUCGACUGCACGAGUUCGACGAGCAGGUGAAAGCGGUGCGGGACGGCAUGUCCAAGGUGAUACCCGUGCCCCUGCUCUCGCUCUUCUCGGCCGCCGAACUGCAGGCCAUGGUCUGCGGCUCACCGGACAUACCGCUGGGGCUGCUCAAGUCGGUUGCCACCUACAAGGGAUUCGAUCCCAGCUCUGCGCUGGUCGGCUGGUUCUGGGAGGUCAUGGAGGAGUUUACCAACCAGGAGCGUUCGCUGUUUCUGCGCUUUGUCUGGGGCAGAACACGACUGCCGCGCACCAUAGCCGAUUUCCGAGGACGAGACUUUGUGCUGCAGGUGCUCGAAAAGAAUCCGCCCGAUCAUUUUCUGCCCGAAAGCUAUACCUGCUUCUUCCUGCUCAAAAUGCCACGCUACUCCUGCAAGGCGGUGCUGCUGGAGAAGCUGAAAUAUGCGAUUCAUUUCUGCAAGAGCAUCGAUACCGAUGAAUAUGCACGCGUGGCCAUGGGCGAACCCACCGAGGCAACUGGGAGCGAGGACAACAGUGAUCUGGAGUCCGUUGCCAGUCACGAUGGCUAAACGCACUAUCGAUAACAACCAUUUAUCGAACAUUGAAUUAAAGGGAAAUUUACCAACCCACUGCUGCUGCUGCUACUGCUGCUUAACAUACUAUAAACGAAACGCACUUCAAACGCAUUAGAAUAGCUGGUUUAGCUGAUUAAUCGAUUAGUUGAUUAACUGCUUAGCAAUUUGCACAUACUGCAGCAGAUAGUCAAAGAUAUCCACUCACGUACACACACACACAUUCACUCACUCACAUAAACGAAUACAGCUUGGAAGAAAGAGAGAGCAAAACAAAAGAAUGCGCGAUAUUGAAAGAGUAUAAGACUGGAAAACUUCCAGUGGAAACUGUAGAUGAGCCGAUGCGACACACGAAACCAAAAAGCAAAAUAAGUAAACGUUAAAUGUUAUUUCCAUAUUGCAUAAAUGUUAGUUAAAAAAGUCCAAACACACACAUACUCAUAUAUAUGAUGUAUGAGCACACCAUGAAUCUAUUUAGUCUAUACAUAUACAUACAUAAACAUAAUUAUGCUUACAUAGCUUACAGUUGGCAGGAACUGCCGCCUGCCUGCUUGCAGUUGAUAAGAUAUUGAUAUGAAUUACGAAUAUUGAUUAUUGAUAAUGAUAAAUGCUAUAUUGAUAAUGAUAAAAUAUGCUAAUGAUGAUCAAUUCUAGUUGUGUGUUUUCAGCAAAAAUCCAAAA